AUGUCUGGGAGAGCCCGCGCCCGAGCCCGGGGAAGGGCCUAUAGCCAUGAGAUCGCUACACCCGCCAUGGGAGCUGCCAGUGGUCAGCCCCCGGGCUAUGGGCAGUCUCGACCUCAUAAACCUCAUCCAGAGAUACCACCAGCAGAAGGAGAGCUGGCUGGGCGUGGGCGGCAGCAAAGGGGGUUUGCCGCACCGAGGUCCCAGGAACUUCAGAUCUCAGCAGGCUUUCAAGAAAUGACACUGGGGGAAAGAGGGGGCCGUCGGAGAGACUAUCAUGACCUUGGCGUAAAUACGCGUCAGUCAAUGGAGCACGUUAAAGAAUCCAAAAUGGGUGUUUCAGGCACUUUAAUAAGGCUGAGUACAAACCAUUUUCGGAUGACUUCUCGUCCACAAUGGGCUUUGUAUCAGUAUCAUGUUGACUACAAUCCACAAAUGGAAGCCCGGCGUCUUCGUACAGCUUUGCUGUUUCAGCAUGAGGACCUGCUUGGAAGAACACACGCCUUCGAUGGGACCAUUUUGUUCUUGCCCAGAAAACUGGAACACAAGGUGACUGAAGUGUUCAGUCAGACCCGGCAGGGGGAGACUGUGAAAAUCGCCAUUACUCUAACAAACGAGCUGCCGUCCACAUCACCGACAUGCUUACAGUUCUACAACAUCAUUUUUAGAAGACUGUUGAAAAUAAUGAAUCUGCAGCAGAUUGGACGGAAUUAUUACAAUCCAAAUGACCCCAUCAACGUCCCUAAGCACAGGCUGAUGAUUUGGCCAGGCUUCACAACCUCCAUCCUGCAGUAUGAAACGAGCAUCAUGCUGUGCACAGAUGUGAGCCACAAAGUUCUCAGGAGCGAAACGGUUCUGGAUUUUAUGUACUCCAUGUACCAGCAAGUGGGAGAGCUGAGGUUCCGGGAGAUGUGUGCUAAAGAGCUGAUCGGACUGAUUGUUCUUACAAGGUACAACAACAAAACGUACCGGGUCGAUGACAUUGAUUGGGAUUCCAAUCCUCAAGAUUUUUUCAAGAAAGCAGAUGGAUCUGAAAUCAGUUUCGUGGACUAUUACAAAAUGCAAUACAGCCAAGAAAUCACUGACUUGAAUCAGCCGGUUUUGAUCAGUCAGCCCAAGAGGAAGAGAGGCCCAGAAGGUGGCAUAAUAGGACCGGCAAUACUUAUACCUGAGCUGUGCUACCUCACAGGGCUUACUGACAAGAUGCGAAGUGAUUUCACUGUGAUGAAAGAUUUAUCUGCCCAUACAAGACUGGCACCAGAGCAAAGAAUGCGUGAAGUUGGGAGACUCAUUGAUUACAUGAACAAAGAUGAUAAUGUUCAGAAGGAGCUCCGUGACUGGGGUUUAAGCUUUGAAUCCAAUUUGCUUUCCUUCUCGGGACGAGUUGUUCAGUCAGAAAAGAUCCAUCAGGCAGGAAAAGUGUUUGACUACAAUCCGCUAUUUGCGGACUGGUCUAAGGAAACCAGGGGAGCUCCUCUCAUUAGUGUAAAGCCGCUGGAUAACUGGCUGCUAAUAUACACCCGCCGAAACUACGACGCUGCUAAUACACUAGUGCAGAACCUCUUCAAAGUCACACCGGCAAUGGGCAUACAAAUGAACAAAGCGGUAAUGCUUGAAGUAGAGGACAGAACUGAAGCUUAUCUGAGAACCUUGAAGCAAAAAGUUGUUUCAGAUACACAGAUGGUGGUCUGCCUCCUGUCCAGCAACCGGAAAGACAAGUACGAUGCAAUCAAGAAGUACCUGUGCACAGACUGCCCCACCCCGAGCCAGUGUGUGCUCGCGCGCACGCUCAGCAAGCCCCAGACAGUGAUGGCCAUAGCCACAAAAAUCGCUCUGCAGAUGAACUGCAAGAUGGGUGGGGAGCUCUGGAGCGUUGAGAUACCAUUGAAACAGCUCAUGGUUGUGGGAAUCGACUGCUAUCAUGACACCACUGCUGGCCGUCGGUCAAUAGCGGGAUUUGUUGCUAGCUUGAAUCAGGGGAUGACACGCUGGUAUUCACGCUGCGUGCUUCAGGAUCGGGGGCAAGAGCUUGUGGAUGGACUCAAAGUGUGCUUGCAAGCUGCAUUAAGGACUUGGUAUACCCACAACAACCACAUGCCCUCUCGAAUUAUUGUCUAUCGAGAUGGUGUUGGAGAUGGUCAGCUGAAAACCUUGGUUAGCUAUGAAGUUCCUCAGAUCUUGGAGUGCCUGAAAACAGUUGGGAAAGACUACUGCCCUAAACUAACAGUGAUUGUGGUAAAGAAGCGUGUGAACAACAGAUUCUUUGCUCAGAUUGAUGGAAGACUUCAGAAUCCGCCACCUGGCACAGUUAUUGAUGUAGAAGUGACCAGACCAGAGUGGUACGAUUUCUUCAUUGUGAGCCAGUCGGUGAAAAGUGGCACAGUCUCACCAACCCACUACAACGUCAUCUAUGACAGCAGUUCACUGAAGCCGGACUACAUGCAGCGGCUAACAUACAAACUCUGUCAUAUGUAUUACAACUGGCCGGGAGUCAUCCGAGUGCCUGCACCUUGCCAGUAUGCCCAUAAACUGGCUUUCCUUGUGGGACAAAGCAUUCACAGAGAGCCAAACUUGUCCCUCUCCGAGAAUCUCUACUACCUGUGA